AUGGAAAUUCUUCUAAAUGACAAUUCCAUAGCUGAUCGAAAUCGAUUUGAUACUAAUUAUGCGAUUGAAUACAUUGAAACUUUAGCCAAUUUAAUAACAAAAUUAGAUGAAGUCCAUCGUACACGUUUAUUGUCAAACUUAAUUGGUUAUUAUAUAUUCGUAUGUCCAGAAUGUCAUUCAUCAAUAACACGACGAAUGAUAUCAUGUACUUCACAUUUGAAUACAGCUGGAUUACAAGAAUAUGGUGCUGAUCUAUCAGAUGUCAAUGAACAAUGUCGGAAUCCGCUGAUCGGAAUACGUCGGAAAUUGCCGGAAUGA